AUGAAGUUUUCGUGGCUUGAGGUGGCCACCUUGACGGCCUCAGUGGCCAAUGCGAAUUCGCUGGCUUCUUCUCCUCCAUACUAUCCCUCCCCAUGGAUGACUGGCGCGGGCGAGUGGUCUGAAGCAUACACACGCGCCGUCGAGUUUGUCUCUAACCUGACACUGGCUGAGAAAGUCAACUUGACAACCGGUGCUGGCUGGGAGCAAGAACGAUGUGUUGGUGAGACCGGGGGCAUUCCCCGACUUGGCAUGUGGGGAAUGUGUAUGCAGGACUCGCCAUUGGGUGUGCGCUUUAGUGAUUACAACUCUGGCUUCCCCUCUGGUGUCAAUGUUGCCGCAGCAUGGGACAAGCGACUUGCCUACCAGCGUGGUAUGGCAAUGGGCGAGGAGCACCGCGACAAAGGUGUGGAUGUGCAAUUGGGUCCUGUUGCUGGGCCUCUGGGCAAGUACCCCGAUGGCGGUCGUAACUGGGAAGGUUUCUCGCCUGAUCCCGUUUUGACUGGUGUGAUGAUGGCCGAAACCAUCAAGGGUAUACAGGAUGCUGGUGUCAUUGCUUGUGCUAAGCAUUUCAUUGGAAAUGAACAGGAGCACUUCCGUCAGUCCGGCGAGGCUCAGGGAUAUGGGUACAACAUCUCCCAGAGUGUGAGCUCAAACAUUGACGACAAGACUAUGCACGAAUUGUACCUCUGGCCAUUCGUGGACUCCAUCCGUGCUGGUGUUGGCUCUGUCAUGUGCUCCUACAAUCAGAUCAACAACAGCUACGGUUGCGCGAAUAGCUACUCCCUCAAUAAGCUGCUCAAGGGCGAGUUGGGCUUCCAGGGCUUUGUUAUGAGCGACUGGGGUGCGCACCACAGCGGUGUUGGAUCUGCGCUGGCCGGUCUGGAUAUGUCUAUGCCCGGCGAUGUCAUUCUUGGCAGCCCUUACUCCUACUGGGGAACCAACCUGACCAUCUCCGUUUUGAACGGUACCGUCCCCGAAUGGCGCGUCGAUGACAUGGCUGUCCGAAUCAUGUCUGCUUACUACAAGAUUGGACGUGACCGCUUCCGCACUCCUCCUAACUUCAGUUCCUGGACCCGCGAUGAGUACAACUUCAAGCACGCUAUGGUCAGCGAGGACUGGGGCAAGGUCAACGAGCGUGUAAAUGUCCAGCGUGACCAUGCCCAGAUCAUUCGCAAGAUUGGCUCAGACAGCACUGUCCUGCUCAAGAACAAGGAUGGUGCACUGCCCCUUACCCACAAUGAGAAAUUCAUCGGCAUUCUGGGAGAGGAUGCAGGCUCUAAUGCUUAUGGCGCCAAUGGCUGCAACGACCGUGGUUGUGACAACGGAACUUUGGCCAUGGGCUGGGGUAGUGGAACUGCCAACUUCCCUUACCUGAUUACACCCGAGCAAGCCAUCCAAAACGAAGCCCUGGAAUACAGCAAUGGGCGGACCAACGUCUUCGCUGUGACUGAUAACUGGGCUCUAACGGAGAUGGCCGCCCUUGCCUCCCAGGCUGAUGUUGCCCUAGUUUUCGUGAACGCCGACUCUGGCGAGGGAUAUAUCAACGUUGAUGGCAAUGAGGGUGACCGCAAAAACCUGACACUUUGGAAGAACGGUGAGGAAGUGAUCAAGACUGCUACUCAACACUGCAACAACACUAUCGUCGUGAUUCACAGCACAUCCGCUGUUCUGAUUAGCGAUUGGUAUGACAAUGACAAUAUUACCGCUAUUGUCUGGGCUGGCUUGCCAGGCCAGGAGAGCGGUCGCAGCUUGGUGGACGUACUGUACGGUCGCAUCAACCCCGGCGGUAAGACUCCAUUCACCUGGGGUAAGACUCGCAAGGACUACGGCCCUCCUAUCCUCACAGUGCCCAACAACGGUGCCGAUGCUCCUCAGGAUAAUUUCGAGGAGGGUGUCUUUAUCGACUACCGCCGUUUCGACAAGGACGACAAUGAGCCCAUCUACGAGUUCGGUUAUGGUCUGAGCUACACCAAAUUUGCCUUCUCCGAUCUCAAGGUCACCCCUCUUGCCUCCGAACACCACGAAUACAAGGCAACCGCUGGAAAGACCAAAAAGGCUCCCAUUCUCGGCGAAGCUGGUAAAGCCUCGGAUAACCUGUUCCCCGAGGGGAUUACCCGCGUCCGCCAGUACCUUUACCCGUGGUUGAACUCCACCGACCUGCGUGCUUCGUCCGGUGAUCCUGACUACGGCAUGGACUCUAAGGACUACAUUCCUGAGGGGGCUACCGAUGGUUCUCCUCAGGACCUUCUCCCCUCUAGCGGCAACUCCGGCGGCAACCCUAGUCUGUUUGAAGACCUCUACCAGGUGACUGCUACUAUCACCAACACCGGCUCUGUGACUGGUGACGAGGUUCCUCAGUUAUACGUCUCCCUUGGAGGCGAUGAUGACCCCUCAAAGGUCCUGCGCCAGUUUGACAGAGUCACAAUUGCCCCUGGCCAGACCCUCCAGUGGACCACCACUUUGACCCGCCGUGAUGUCUCUAAUUGGGAUGUUGCCUCCCAGAACUGGGUGAUCUCGGACGCCCAGAAGAAGGUGUAUGUCGGCAACUCAUCCCGCAAGUUGCCUCUCUCGGCCGACUUGCCCUCGGUUGAGUAA